UGAACUCAAUACACCACAGUCAUAAAUCUAAAACUCCCCAGCUUGUUCUAAAAAUUAACAGUAAUGUAAAAUACACUUAAAAUGUUUAACCACAUGCAAAACACAGGCAUGGAAGGCAUUACAUCAUUAACAGAGGCAAUCUGCCCAAUCAGCUUGUUCUCUAAAGUGACUCAUACGGUCAUUCCUGCUGCGUCUGACUCCGGUCCAGAGAAAACCCAUCUGUGGCUCAGUGUACAGUUUCAGAGGCAGAGCUGAGAGGAAGAGGAGGGAGUGAUUUCACAUCCCUGACCACAAACACUCGUGGAGGGACCUGGAGAUGGAGUUUAGGAUGUACAGGCUGAAUCCUGACUGCUGGCUGAGGUCGCCCAGACCUCCUCUGUGUCUCCUUCCUCAACAUUCAGGGAGCCAUGCUUCAGCCACGCUGAGCCACCAAGAGGAGGAGGAGGAAGAGGAGCACCCUGCUGCUUGCUGCUACAAUACAGGUUGUGAUGACAUCAUCAGUCAGGCUGCUGAUGCUCAGCGGUGCACCUCCAAACCUCCCACCCACUCAGGGAUGCCCAGCAGCUCCGGCCUGGCAGGGCAAGUUCAUGGUGCUCCUUCUUCACAGCAGCAUAAAACAGUGAUCAGUGCUGAUGGGGGAGACUUGUCGCGACAUUUCACUGGUGGUUGUUGCUGGGAGGGUGCGGGGAUGGAGACCCAGGGAUGUGUAUGUGCGUAUGGGCGGAGGGAACCAGAAGGUUUUGGUCCCUGCUGGCCUGGAUCUCCAUAUAUCUACUAUGGAGUGAGGAGGAACCUGGUGGUGGGAGUGGAGGUGGUGGAGGAGGUCGCUGUUGAAGACACUCUAGAAGUAAUAACAGAGGACAUUUACACAGAUGAUCUGCUGCAUCCUGAGCUACUGCAAGACGCCCAGCUGUACCCCACAUGAGCCCUGAGGAACUUUCAGCGUGUUCUGUUCUGAUAUUAUUCAAAUAUUUGUCCAUUUGUUUGUAUUUAUAUUUUUUAUCACUGUUGUUGUGAUAUGCCAUUUAUCCUUUUUUGUUUAGUUGAAGCCAAUGUCAACUGUCAUUAACAUGAGUUACAACAGCAAACAAAACAAUA